AUGUUAAUGAAAUCCUUUAGUUUUUUAACAUUAUUUUUUCUAUCUUUAACAUUGGCUGAAAAUAAUAAUGAAAUAAAAGAUAGUAACAAUAAGGAAGAAAAACAAAAAUGGGGAUAUAUAAAUUUUGGUUUUAACACUUAUGUUAGUGAUAAAAUAGGCCCAAAAAGAGAUAUAAUGAAACAAGCACAUCCUUUAUGUGAUAAGCUUGAAUAUGCAAUAACUUUAAAAGCAUCAAUUGUCAUAGUUUAUCAUAAUGAAGCUCUCAGUGUGCUAAUUAGAAUGUUAAAUGGAAUUUUAAAUAAAACACCAAAAGAAUUACUAAAAGAAAUUAUUUUAUUUGAUGACUAUACAAAUAGUGAGCUAAUAAUUGAUGAAUAUUUGAAAGAAUAUGCAUCUAUAGAAGGAUGGAAUAUGGAUAUUUUUAAAUUUUAUAGAUCAUCACAAAGAGAAGGUUUAAUAAGGGCUAAAGUUUUAGCCUCAAGGCAUGCAGAAGGAGAUGUCUUAGUAUUUUUAGACUCACAUUGUGAACCUAAUGAUAGAUGGUUAGAACCUUUACUUCAUGAAAUACAAAAAAAUCCAAAAAUUAUAGCUUUACCAAUAGUAGAUUUAAUUAAUCCCAAUAAAUUUGAUUAUACAAAAGCUAUGUUUGCAAAAAGUGGCUUUGAUUGGAGUUUAUAUUUUAGAUGGGAAUACAUUCCAUGGGAUUACUUUGAUAAAGAAGAAAAUCAUAUUAUUCCAGUAGACUCUCCCGGGAUGCCAGGAGGGUUAUUAGCUGUUGAUAGAAAAUUCUUUAAAGAACAAGGAGAAUACGAUAUGGGAAUGGAGAUAUGGGGGGCAGAGAAUGUUGAAAUGAGUAUUAGAGCAUGGUUGUGUGGAGAUGGUGUUAAAUUAGUCCCUUGUAGUAGAGUAGGCCACGUUUUUAGACAUCGAAGACCAUACAAAUCUAAACCUGAACUUACUGACAGCAAUCUUUAUAAUAGCCUUCGAACUGUUAAAGUAUGGUUUGAUGAGUACCAGGAACAAUUUUACCUUGCAAGACCCAAAGCAAAAGAUAUGGAAAUUUCAAGUAUUCAAGAGAGAAUAGAACUAAGAAAGAGAUUAAAUUGUAAACCUUUUAAAUGGUAUUUAGAAAACAUAUAUCCUAAGCUAUUAUCUGAAAUAAAAUUAACAAAAAUGGAACUAUGA